AUGGCGGCCUCGAAGCUCGAAAUCAAUUUCCGUCGUCUUUUGGAACGCUGCGAAGCGAUGGCCUCAGAAAUCCAGGAGAAUAAAGAAAACGUAAGCUGGAGGUUGGAAAAAGUGAGUCAUAGCAUUCAUCAAAAAAUUGUUUUCUACUGUUUGUAACGAUUUUUCACCGUUUUUCUACUCCAUAUUGCAGUAUGUUUUAACGUUACAGAGGCAAGCUGCCGAACUAAAAAAGUCAGAAAGGUUAGUUUUUAAAUGCAGACUAAUAAGAUAAAAGUUAAACGAGCAAUACGUCAAUGUAAAAUAGUGCUUUUAAAUAACAAGCUUAAAACAGCUGAUACAGGUAGUCUUUACUCUGACUGGUCUUUAUGUCGGGUCGAUUGUAUUUAUUAUUAAUAUUUUAGUCAUCACAUUAGAGCUUUUUCAUCAGUACCUGACCCAGUUAAAUAACGGAGAAAAAAGCCUUGUCGUAUUAAAGGAAAGAAUUCAACGUCUUGGUAUACCGACAAUGGACAUACAUGUAGGUACAGUAGUUCAUCAUUUAAUUUUCGUACCCCAAUAAGGCGGACCGAAGUAUACCUGUAUCGUACAAACGCGCUUUAAUGAUCUAAUCUGUAUCAACUAAUCUGGCAAUAGAAGCCAGACCCACAUGCACAUUUCUCCUGUUACUGUAUGUGUGUAGUAACUGUUAAACUUUCAUCAAAUAAAAGUGAACGUCUCUUUUACAGUGCAGUAAGUAAGUAAGGUUAUCCAUAACCUGGAUAACAGGGGACUCCAGCCUUGAAAAUAACUUUUUUUUGACCCUGUUGGCUUCAGUUUGGUGUAAAAUCAAGGUGGGGGCUCUCACCCCUUGGCACCUUCUCCUAGAUGCACCAGUGUUUAGCCUGCAAUCAAACUGUCAAUAAAGAAAGAAACUCACUGGUGUCGUUGUAGAUUCACUUUUUUCUUAUUACAUUUACUAGCUAUGUGAUAGAAACCACUGUUAAGUGGACAUUCAUAGUUGACUGAUCUAUGAGGUUCAUUUGUCUAUCAGUAGCGUAGACAUUUCCCGUUGGUUGUCUGUAUGUCAGUUUUUCAACAUUCUGAAAGGCAGAUGACUUGUGUCUCUAACGUACUGUAGACAUCAGUGGUCAGGGAUGUAGAUAAUAGCUGGGAGCUGGGAAAAAUACAUGGCUGUCAACAUAAUUUUUCAGGCUGAAAAAAAUGCAUUCUUUAAAAAGGCAACUGUUUUCCUCUUAUAUUAUCUGCCCAUCAAAUGCCAUUUCCCAUCGGUUAUAAAUUUAAGCUACAUCCCUGGUGGUUGGCUGGUAUCAGCUUCCGAGUUUCACUUUUUUGUCACUCUGUAGCUAAACUUUCUUCAAUUCAGAGUAAACAUUCUUAUGGUGAAAAAAACUCUAAUGAAGAUUCUGGAGGUUGGCUGAUUUUUCACAUCACCAAUAAGUUAGUGUAGCUAGCAUUUCAGGCCAUGCCUCUUAUGAUUAAAGAAGUGUACCUUUUCAAAAACUGGGAAAUCAAAAUAUUUUGGUUCCAUAAGCUUGUUGAGUCACAUGUAACAUACAUUUUUUGAAAUAAUCAAAAGGUUAAAUUUUAAGUUUUUUUCCCCAUUUACUUGAAGUAAUCAAAACAUUAAAAUAAUAUUAAGUAUGUUUUAUCUUGUUACAGCAAACCAAGUCCAGAUGCAAUGACUGAAUACAACAAGAAAGUAGAAUUCCUUAAAGGUUUAAUAGAAACACAGAAAAUGGUGAGACAGGGAUCAGUGUUUUGAAACCUUAUUUUGAUUAUAGCUCCGAAGUCUGGGGAUGUAUGGGAAAAGGCCUGUGUGACCGACUCCAGAGAUUGCAAAAUAGGGCUGGGAGAAUUAUAACAUUUAGUGAUUAUAAUACAAGAUCUGCAGAUAUCCUCCAAGACUUGAGAUGGGAUACCCUUGAGCAAAGACAGUCUAAACAGCUCGCAAUAAGUGUUUUUAAAUCUCUUUACCCUGAGAGUUUAAAGAACAUGUUUAAACCAACCUCCGGGGUUCAUUCCUACAACGUGCGAGGUGCCUCGAGCAACAUUUUUGUACCAAGGCCCCGUACUGAAGCUGCUAAGAGGGCCUUUAGCUAUAGGGGAGCAGUCAUGUGGAAUGGCCUAGAAAAUGUGCUUAAAGACGAGAUAAAUCUCAACUCUUUCAAGUCUGCCCUAUCUUUGUCUUGAACCAGGGAUUGCCUUGAGGGAGUUGAGAUAGAAUUUUAUUUUUGUUAUUUAAUGUACCUUUAAGGUUGAUUGAUUUUUGUGUAAUUAAUUAUAGAAUAGAUUUUCUUAAUAUAUAGAUAUAUUUUAGCAUUAAUGUAGUUUCUCUGAAAAUUUUGUUAUGUAAACGGCUCACUGGAAGAGCAUUUUUAAUGAAGUGAUACCGUUAAUAAAGCUUUAUUGAUUGAUUGAUUUGAUUGAUCUUAAGAUGCGCAUCUGUUGUUACAUUCAAAUAGAAAAAAUUAUUGUUUGGGAACAACUAGGAAAUGCUUGUCAUCAGAGAAUGUAUAACAAUACAUUGUAUAUCAUUUGUGUGUUAAGUAUUUUACCGUUGGUUGCAUCUAAGCGUGGACAUGACGUGUUUUGCUGCCAAACAUUUGAAGUUUGACAGUUGUUAAAGCAAACUAUCACGCCAAAGGUAAGUUGUUUACAUGGUCUUGAUUGCUGCGUUACGCUCAUAUUCAAUUUACGUUUACACAUGACCUUCCAAACAUUGUCAGUGUUUUAUUUAAGUGCAUAUGCACGUAAAAAUUACAGGACAGUGGAAGUCCACCAUCAGUCAUAAGGGGAAAAUCCAGGCACCCUUCAAUUUCUACUGGCUCUGAAAAUACCAUGAUAAUUUAGGUUUGUUAGAAACUCUCAAAUUCUCCUUUCCAAAGGUUUGUUCCCUUUAAAUUUCUAUUGCAGUUGAAUACAAGUGUAGAUCCAUGUAAAAUAAGACUUAGCUUCACUUUGUUUUGUAGAAAUCACCAACAGAUAAACUUCUCGCAAGUCGGCAGUUAGUGCGUCCACUGAGUCAAACAUCCAAUGCACAGACCACAGAGGGAGACAAAGGACAAACAGUAAACAGAGCACAAGAACUUCACAUCAGGGCCAAGUCACAGAUUAAUAAAGAGAUGAGAAGUGAACUUCUGGGAGAAGGUAGGAAUAAUGCAGCUAAAAAUAUUUCACUUCUGAUACAAUGCACCUGUAAGUUAGUUUAUUUGAUAUUUAUUUUUGUUGAUUUUUGUAAGGAUCAUGCACAUUACUGGCUUAUUACAUUCCUCGUCACAUGACAAAGGUUUUCUUAGCCCAAUAUUUUCACAAAACUAAGGACUUUCAGGGCACGUUACGGUGGCACAUUCAUUUUGCCUUGUUUCUGGUCAUUUUCUGACAUGAAAUACUUUGGUUUUUUAAAAGUAAAUUGAAUGAUAAAUUUAAUUAAUAUAUUAGUGUUAAAAGUUAACAAGGAACCUUGCUUAUUUUCCAGACAAUAAGAGAGACAGUCAUGGAGUGCGAAAGAGGUGACUGAUUGUAAUUAUUUCACUUGCAUAUUACUAGUUUUGUCCCUAAGUGGCUGUAACAAAUAACUCUUUAUUCUCAAAUCCCCCAUAAUCACUCUAUUUGCUUCCAAUGCAACACUUGGCAUAAACUAUACUCUUCAAAUGCUCCUGGGAGAACUGUGUAAUUCCAAGGGCUUUUGAGAACAAAAACUUUAUUUAUACGCAAAGCCUCAAUCGGUGAUAAAAUUGUUGAGACAUUGUACUCAAAUAGGGUAACCUCACAAAUAGGGUAACUACACAAUUCAAAGUCGGGGUGUUUGUUGUUUUCUGUACGUAGCUGGAACAGCAGCAAAACAUUGCAUGGAGGGGAUGGGGGAGGAAAAACUUUAUUUUCACCUUUUGAAGUCAGUAAAACCUCAGAAAGCCCCUUUAGGACAAAGUGUCUCAACUAAUUUUGUCACCAAUUGUAGGGAGGGAAACAGUGUGUAUUAUGUGGAAACUCCACAAAUAAAAGUCAAUGGAAACAAAUCCCCGAUAGCAAGUCAGUAUGACUUUUUAAGUAUGCACUGGUGUCAACUUAAUAUUUUCUGCAUCAUGAAUUGUUGGUCAGUGUUGAACAAUCUGCCUUUUAUAGCCUGUGUUCCAGCUCCUUCCCACACAUUGUCUAAACCAUCAGAGUGUGUUCCAUUUGAAUGAUCCAAAUAAGGAUCAGUGACUUGUGAUCGCUCAGAAUACAGCACAUCAAAGGAACCAAUGAAUCAACCCUGGAAAAGGAUUCAUCAAUUCACUUGAUGUACCAUUGCAUGGUUUCAAAUCGAGAGGUGCUGGAUAUGAGUCGGUUUAUCAUGGGCUAACAACACGAGACCUAUAUAGACAGAAAGACCGAAUUAGCAACAUUCUCAAGUUUGGUGUUUAUCGGGCCUAUAUUGAAUGAUAUAAAUAGACGUACAGACGAUGUGACCGGCAAUCCAUACAUGUACAUCGAUCCCUUAUAAAAGUGAUUUUCAAGUUUACAGAUAGCUGUAUCUUGCUUGAUAUUGGCCCAAUCGACACCACACUUUCAUAACCUCAAUGUGCUUUUUCUGACCAUGUGGACCUCAUGUUGUUUAUCUCAUAAUAAACUGACUUGUACCGAGCCCCUCUCGAUUUGAAACUAGGUAAUGGCCGAGUGAUCUCUGACCUGGAUCAUCCCAAAGGAACUCACCCUUAGUCCAUACAGGCUGUACAUGUAGUGUCUGCCAUGCAGGCUACUUGUUUUUGACAAUCUUUUUUCUUGAAGAUUAACAGGCAACAAGAAAAGUGAUGCAAAUGAUGAAAGCAUUGACUCAGUUCUUCAAUACCAUCAGAACUUACAAGAAAAUAUAGCAGAGGAAAUGAUAAAAAUGGCUCAGCAUAUAAAACAUACAUCUGUCAUGGCCAGCAACAUUAUUAAAGAAGAUAACAAGGUUACUAGGAUGUUUGUCCUUCAAUAACAGUAAAUAACAAAUUAUUGGAUGAGGUCUUUUCCUGACACCUGAAACAGAGUAGGUCAAGUAAAAUUAAUGUUAUUGGCUGAAGCUGAUAACUCUUACUGAGACUUUGAUUAUUGCGAAUACCGUAUUUCCUUGAAUACUAGCCAUCCCUCAAAUAAUCGCCUCCCUCAAAUAAUCACCCCCCUUUGAUGGAAAUGUUUAAAAUAAUCGCCUCCCCCACCUCUAUAGGUUACCCACUAGGGAUCAUGUUAGCCAUUGUGGAACUUGGAGGAUGGAGCUAAAGUGGAGUCUGAUUCAGCAAAACUGAUCAGUGAUGAUUCACGCUCUGAUGCCACAGAAAUUGACAGCAAAAAUUAAUCAACACUUUAAAUGCCAAUGUUAUUUUGUCUGAUGUGAUCAUUUUUUUUAUUUUAUGGGAAAAUAGAACAAAUAUUAAGGGCAAGACGUCUAGUCAGCAAUAUUUGAAAUAGUCACCUCCCUCGAAUAAUCGUCCCCUUUUGGUGCGAAAAAAGAAAUAAUCGCCCCCAGCUAUUAUUCAAGGAAAUACGGUAUCCCAAAAACCAAAUCCAAUAAGAAUUGUUUUAUUAUCCACGGUUGUGAGGAAGAUAGUGUUAUGAUAAACACAUUGUCCUUGAAUACAAAGCUUUGUGCACACAAUUUCAAGGCUGUCAUAAAUAAUUAUGAUCAGCUACCAAGGUGACCCCUGGCCUACUGUUAUAAAUUUAAUAGAAAUAUAAAAAUAAAACCAAAAGAAAUCUGUACCUGUUUGAUUCCCUGCUUGCUUGUUUCCUGCAACUUGAAAUCUUACUGACAGCCAUAUAAAUUUGUAUCACUAAGUUUCUUUACUAUUGUAGAGACGAAUUACCCAAAUUUUGGGCAAAACCACUGCCAAGAAUGCAAAAAGUCCACUUUUGGUUGACGUGCAUUAUUCCAAACAAUGUUGUUUAAAAGCUACGGUAACAUGGUUUUUCAGAAUUGUUGAUGUGGACUUAAGUUAAGGCUUUAAAACGGCUCCUAUAAAGGAUAAUGCCUGAGCCCGAAGGCCUUGUUAAAAAUGAUGACCGAGCGCCCGAGGUCAUUAUUUUUAACAAGGCCUUGGGCGAAGGGGUAUUGUUUUAAUGUACUUUUCCAUUGUUUUACAACCAGCAAGUCAUAAUUAGGGUCUCUUGUUCCAACUCAGUGACCUAGGCUUUAAUUUUUUAAAAAUAAUAACUAAUGUUCAAAACAAAUAGAAAUGCGCAUUAAUAACAAGGAAGGCAUAUUUACAAAUUGGUCAUUUGAUGAAGCUCCAUGUACAGAUAACAGAGUGUGAGAUAAACUUUAAAAAACUUACAGUUAAAUUUUCUGUUCUGUUUUUUAGACCUUGGAGCAGUCAACAAAGCUUGCAGAUUCAAAUUUUGAGAAACUAAAACGAGAAUCAGAAAGACUUGAGGAAUUAACACAGACACCAUGUUCCUGGUGGAUUUGGAUUAUGAUAAUUACAGUCUGUAUUGUGUUUAUGUGGAUGAUCAUAUUUAUUAGACUUUUCCCAAAGAAGUGA